AUGCCUGCAGUGGGGCCAGGAAAUACCACUAUGGUGGUAACUGAGUUUUUUCUACUAGGGUUUGGAGACCUCAAUGAACUGAGCCCCUUGCUUUUCCUGGUAUUUGGCAUUGUCUAUCUAGUCACAGUUUCUGGUAACCUUCUUCUUGUGGCACUGGUAUGCACCCAACAAGGACUCCAGACUCCAAUGUACUUCUUUCUAGCAAAUCUUUCAGGCUUGGAGGUCUGUUAUACAUCCAACAUUGUACCCCGGAUGCUGGUGGACUUACUUCGGGAAGAUAGGGCAAUUUCCAUGGCAGGUUGUAUAACUCAGCUAUAUUUCUUCGGGGCCCUGGGAAGCACUGAGUGUUAUCUCCUGGCAGUAAUGUCUUAUGACAGGUACUUGGCUGUCUGCUGGCCCUUGCACUAUACAACACUAUUACACAGAACCCUAAGUCUGGGACUAGCAAUUGGCUCAUGGUUUUGUGGCUUCUCAGUGGCAGCUGCCUUCCAGGCUGCUAUGCUAUCUAGCUUGACUUUCUGUGGAGGCAAUGAAGUUGACCAUUUCUUCUGUGACUUGAAGCCUCUGCAGAAGCUCUCCUGCUCUGAUCCCUACCUGGUUAACCUAGUUUGCAUGAGUCUAACAUCCUUGGUAACCCUGGUCCCUUUUGGACUAACUUUAGCCUCCUAUUGGAAGAUUCUUUCUGUGGUCUUACAUAUCCCUUCCAUUGUUGGCAGGCAAAAGGCAUUCUCCACUUGUUCUUCUCAUCUAGUAGUUGUGACUUUGUUUUAUGGAACUUUAGUCUUGGUCUAUGCUGUGCCCUUGGCUGCCCAGGUGCCAGCUCUCAAUAAGACCUUCUCCUUGUUCUAUACUGUUGUCACUCCGAUGUGUAACCCUCUUAUCUACAGCCUCAAGAACAAAGAUGUCAAGGAGGCUGUGAGAAAAUUAAGAAUUCAAUGGUAUGAUUUUAGCUUCACUUAA